GUCCGCGGACAUGUCCUUCCCGCAGCUGGGCUACCCGCAGUACCUGAGCGCCGCGGGGCCCGGCGCCUACGGCGGCGAGCGCCCGGGGGUGCUGGCUGCAGCCGCCGCCGCCGCGGCCGCCGCCUCGUCGGGCCGGCCGGGGGCGGCGGAGCUGGGCGCGGGCGCGGGCGCGGCCGCCGUCACCUCGGUGCUGGGCAUGUACGCGGCGGCCGGACCCUACGCGGGCGCACCCAACUACAGCGCCUUCCUGCCCUACGCCGCCGACCUGAGCCUCUUCUCGCAGAUGGGCUCGCAGUAUGAGCUCAAGGACAACCCGGGGGUGCACCCAGCCACCUUCGCAGCGCACACGGCGCCGGCCUAUUACCCCUAUGGCCAGUUCCAGUACGGGGACCCCGGGCGGCCCAAGAACGCCACGCGGGAGAGCACCAGCACGCUCAAGGCCUGGCUCAACGAGCACCGCAAGAACCCCUACCCCACCAAGGGCGAGAAGAUCAUGCUGGCCAUCAUCACCAAGAUGACCCUCACGCAGGUCUCCACCUGGUUCGCCAACGCGCGCCGGCGGCUCAAGAAGGAGAACAAGGUGACUUGGGGCUCGCGCAGCAAGGACCAGGAAGACGGCGCCCUCUUCGGCAGCGACACCGAGGGCGACCCCGAGAAGGCCGAGGACGACGAGGAGAUCGAUUUGGAGAGCAUCGACAUCGACACCAUCGGCGAGCAGGACGGCGACCAGAGCAACGAGGACGAGGAGGACAAGACAGAGGCGCCGCGCGCGCCCGCCGCUCCCCCGGCUCUCGCCCGGGACCAGGGAUCGCCACUGGCAGCCGCCGACACACUCAAGCCCCAAGACUCGCCUCUGGGCCUGGCCAAGGAGGCCCCAGAGCCGGGCAGCACGCGCCUGCUGAGCCCCGGCGCCGGGGCGGGAGGCCUGCCCGGCGCGCAGCACAACAAGCCCAAGAUCUGGUCGCUGGCAGAGACAGCCACGAGCCCCGACGGCGCGCCCAAGGCCUCGCCGCCGCCGCCCGCCAGCCACCCCGGGGCGCACGGGCCUCCCACCGGCACGCCGCUGCAACACCCCGCCUUCCUGCCCAGCCACGGACUGUACACUUGCCACAUCGGCAAGUUCUCCAACUGGACCAACGGCGCGUUCCUCGCGCAGGGCUCCUUGCUCAACAUGCGUUCCUUCCUGGGCGUCGGCACGCCCCACGCCGCGCCCCACGGUCCGCACCUGCCCGCGCCACCACCGCCGCAGCCUCCGGUCGCCAUUACCACGGGAGCGCUGCACGGCGAAAAGGCCUCGGCCCGCAGCAGCCCCGCACUUCCAGAGAGAGACCUCGUCCCCAGGCCGGACUCCCCGGCGCAGCAGUUAAAGUCGCCCUUCCAGCCCGUGCGGGACAACUCGCUGGUCCCGCAGGAGGGAACCCCGCGCGUCCUCGCAGCCCUCCCGUCCGCCUGACCGAGGGUCGUCUUUUCCUUUCGCGGGGGGAGGGGGGUGAUGGGGAGGGAGGGGACGGGGAGGAACUCUAAUACUUCGGAGCGGAGUGGAGGCCGGCUCUGCCCGCCACGUCGACGACCCUCGCCCGCGGCCGGGGAUCCGAUCCGGGAAAGGCCCCCACGUCUUGUGUCUUUUUUUUUUCCUUUCUGUAUAUAGAGUGAUUUCAGAUUGUAAAUAACGCGUCAGCGAACUUGUCUAAAUCAUAUAUUUUUGUCUAAUAAACUGAAUGAAACGA